AUGCAGAAAACGUUGAAGACCGUUCACGAUGUGACAAAAGCUGGCCCCGAACUGGCAUUAGAUGGUGAGCAACUCGACAUCGCGACAGUCGUUGCCGUUGCCCGUCACGGACUCGUGCCGCGCAUAAAGGGCUACCCGCCUGCCAAAGCAGACGAGACGGCCAAUGGAGCUUACCGCAAUAAUGGGAGUUCGGAUAUCGAUGAGCGAAUCGCCCAGAGUAUCAAAGUUCUCGACCAUCACAUAGAAAACGGCUGGGUGGUGUAUGGCGUGAACACGGGCUUUGGCGGCAGCGCAGACUCUCGAACGGAGCAGCUCAAGAAACUUCAGAUAUCUUUGCUCCAACACACCCAAAGUGCCGUCAUUACUGCCGCCGAUCGAGAGGAUUCUACCGACAAAGACGGGAAGUCUCACAUCAUCCCCCUAGCAUGGGUGAAGGCAGCCAUGGUUAUCAGGGCCAACCAAAAUCUACGCGGCCAUAGCGCAGUCCGGAUAGAGGUCAUUGAUACGUUGCUGGGACUUCUCCGUCACGACGUCACGCCUCUAGUCCCUCUGAGAGGAACGAUCUCGGCAUCGGGAGACCUAAUGCCUCUCUCAUAUAUCGCCGGAACUCUGAUCGGAGACCCCAACAUCACGGUAAGAAUCGGAUCCGGGGUAAGCCGGAAGAUCUUGUCCGCCCGUGAUGCAUUGAAGGAAUGCGGCAUCAGGCCUGUCGAAUUGCAACCAAAGGAGGGCCUUGGCUUGAUCAACGGGACCGCUCCUUCGGCUGCUCUGGCCAGCUUGGUCAUUUACGAGGCCAAUCAGCUUGCGAUUCUCGCCCAAGCUCUCACAGCUUUUACUUCAGAGUGUCUAAGAGGCAAUGUCGAGUGGGCAAAUGAAUUCAUCCACAGAAUUCGACCCCACGCUGGUCAGCUCGAAACAGCUUGCAACAUCAGACAGUUUUUGAGAUCUUCUGAUUUCGUCAUCGGACUAGAGACGAAGAAGAGGACGGGUCGAGGUCUGUGGCAAGAUCGGUACUCUACAAGGACAGCACCGCAGUGGAUUGGUCCUUACCUGGAAGACCUCAUGCUGGCCCAGCGUCAAAUCGAGGUUGAGCUCAACUCGACGUCGGACAACCCAGUAAUUAAUGCUGGUCCUGGGAAUGAUCCUUCUGACGGAGAGGUCUAUUCAGGAGGCAAUUUUCAAGCAGUUGCCAUCACAUCCGCGAUGGACAAGACAAGGAACGCACUUCAAAUGAUUGGUCGAAUGCUCUUCUCUCAGUGCUCUGAGUUGAUCAACCCGGCGACGAAUAACGGCCUCGACCCAAAUCUCGUCUUUGGUGAUCCCGAUCAAUCUUACACGAUGAAGGGUAUCGAUGUCAACAUGAGUGCCUACAUGUCGGAACUGGCGUCUCUCGCACACCCAGUAUCUGCUCAUGUUCAUUCGGCCGAGAUGCACAACCAAGGCAUCAACUCUCUUGCCUUCCUGACAGGUCGGCGAACUAUGGAGGCUGUGGAUGUUCUUUCGCACAUGUGCGCUGCUCAUCUGUAUGUAUGCUGCCAAGCGAUCGACCUCAGAGACUACCACGAGCGAUUUCUCAGCUCUGUUGUCUUGUCCAAACGCCUAGACCGUGCUCGUCUCGGGCUGGACGAAUCACAGCUCACGAGACUUACGAGUGGUCUCGACGAAUUGGUAAGGGUUUGGUGGUACGAGGCGAACAAGGUCAGUCAUUUUCAGCGUUGCUCGGUGGUGGCCUCCAAAUUCGCAGCACAUACUUUGGACUUCGUGGGUAAAGAGAAGAUGCACGACGUCUCUCUCAGCGGCGUCUUGGAUUGCCAAAGGGAAUUCCAAGAGAGCAUGGAAAUGUGGCUUCUAGACCCAAUCAAUAAUCCCAAGGUUAACCACCCGGGGAUGAACAACGACAAGACUACAGCACAUUUGGACGGACUUGGAGCAGGUUCGGCUGUGCUCUACGACAUCGUGCGCGGAAGACUGGGAGUUUUCUUCCAUCAGGGCCUCAGAGCGAAGCAAGAAAGCACGAUCGGUGUAAACGUGUCUUUGGUGUACGGAGAGAUUCGUCAAGGUUUCAUAACACCAGCGCUGAUGGGAUGCCUCGGUCACAGCGCCGAAGAGGGCCCAGAGAACGGGAUGGACACCCCCAUCAGCAGCCAUGACGGUGUUAUUGGGACGCUCCGGACGGGCCGUGGGAUCCUAGGAAUGGUUACGGAAGUUUCACGGAUGCUGUAG